AUGAAGAGAAUAAAAUCAACCUGGGCUCUAGCCCUCCUUCUCUCCGCAGUCACUGUAUCCGCUGAACCGGGACCUUCCCUCAACCUCAAAGCCUUGAACCCCAACCUCCGCGACCGUAAGAUCGAAAACCUGCACAUGGGCAACGUCAUCGACGUGCAUCCGCACAAACAAAGGUCCAACAUCGCAAACAUAGGCACCCUUGACAUCUCUCCGGAUGACCAUGCCAGCGGAAAGCGCUCGAACAUCGCACACAUCGGUGGUGGAGGAGGCCUAGAUGCGAAAGUAAAUGUGGGCGGUGUAGGCCAGGGUAUUAACGUCGCGGACCUAGGAAACUUUGGAAACGGGCAAAAUCAAAACCAAGGAAAUGGACAUGGUCAAGCGGGAGGUCUAAACAUAGGCGACUUAACAGGUGGAGGGGGAGCUGGAGCUGGACAGGGCAUCAACAUCGGCGACCUCGCAAAUGCUCAGCAAGCGCAUGAAGGCGGAAACAACAACAACUUGAACCUCGACGGUGUUCUGGAUGGCUUGAAUAAGAACAAAGGAGGAGGUGGUGGUAGGAAGAAUACUAACAAUGUUGAGAUUAUUGAGGUGAAGGAGACUGUGAUUGAGAGGAUCCAGCAGAAUAAAACGGUUACCGAGUUGAAGAUUGAGAGUGCUACGAUUACCGAAAAAGUGACGGAGAAAGUCACUGAGAAGGUAACCGAAACUGUCAAGGAAACCGUUGCGCAGAAUGUUGGGCAGACUGUUGCAACAACGGUCACGAUCACUCAGACUGCGGCUGGGCAAGCGGCUGCGGCUGGAACUGUGACUGUAACUGAGAGUAUCUGCUCCAACACCGCAGCCGCGGCCUCGGCAGCCUUCUCUCUAGGAGCAACCUCCGCUGCUGCAGCCCAAGGAUCUGCCGUGACCGUCAUCGCCGGCUCUUCAGCAGGCGGCCAAGGACAAGCUCAAGCCUCCGUCGCUGGAUCUUCCGCAGCCGGAGCUGCGAGUGCAGUAACCGUCAUCGCGGGCGGAGGUAAUGCAGCUGGUGCCGCCAGUUCAGCGGGUGCUCUUCCCCCAGCAACGACUGUCCGAGCGGCCGAUAACUCCAUGUGUACAUGCUCAUGCCAAUGUCCCGCUGGUUCGUUCCCUAUACAGGCACAACAAGCACAGCCCUUCCAGCUCCAGACGGGCAGUAUGGCGGGGAUGGUUGCACCCCCUGCCAGCACGCUUUCCACGGUGGUGGCUGGUGCGGCUGGGAGUGCUGUGACGGUGAUAGCUGGUUCGACGGCUGGCGCGGGUGGUGCGAGUGCUGCGGGUUCUGCUGCGGGUUCCGCUGCGAGCGCGGCCGGGAGUGCUGUCACGGUAAUUGCUGGUGGCUCUUCUGGUGUAGCCGGUCAGGCAGCUAGUUCCGGGGCCGUGACGAGCGCAGCGGGUCAAGCUGGAAGUGCGGUGACUGUCAUCGCCGGGUCUUCAGCUACUGCGGGUGCGGGCGCGGAAUCCACUGCCGCAGCGGCAGCAAGUGAGAGCGCCGUAACUGUCAUUGCUGGCUCCUCUGGAUCCGGAUCGAGCGCAGCAUUCGCACUGAGUACUUCGGCCGCAGGAGAAGCCAUUGCUUCGAGCUCUGCAGGAGAAGCCAUUGCCUCGAGCUCCGCAGGAGAAGCCAUUGCUUCAAGCUCCGCAGCAAGCAGUUCUGCCGCGGCAACAAGCGCACCGCCAGCAGCUCAGUCCCAGGUCGCCGGCUCUUCGGAGACACUGAGCUCCACAGCAACAGUACAGAACAACAGACUCCCCUUCGACAUCUCUACGAUAGCGCUGCAGAGCGCCGUAACAGUCAAGCUGGGGGCUCGGAUGCCGAGGCCGACGGCGAGGUAA